ACAAGACGCCACACUGGAGCAGAUUUUCUCAGCGACCAGUUUCCAUUUGGACCUAGCUAGAGCAUAGACCCUCAUCGUGGAGACUUCACCAGAGAAAACGUAAGAGGUCGUAAAAGUUCCAGCAAGUCACUGAGACUUUCCUUGGCUGUCUCAGGUUAGAAGUAGCUCUCUGCAUUCCAAUGCUGACAAUAACUGAAGGAUCAGAGGCAACUUCCUGCUCUCUGUAAUUACAUCUACAGAGAAUUGAAAGUGUGAAUGAACUCGGGCCGGGGCCGCUGGCCUCAAGUGCUCCAUGAUGACCAGAAGACACCAUCUACUGUUAAUCUUGGUUUUACUGGUCGUACAAGGAGCUGUGCUGGUCUGCGGAAAGGCAAACUUCAGACAAAUAGAAAAGAAGAUCCUGGACAAUAUUAUUGGACCCGGAAAGUAUGACAGCAGGAUACGUCCUCAUGGCAUCAACAAUACUGAUGGCCCUGCCCUGGUUAAAGUUAAUAUUUAUAUAAGAAGUAUUAGCGAAAUCGAUGAUGUCAGAAUGGAAUACAGCGUACAGCUGACCUUUCGUGAGCAGUGGCGAGAUGAAAGAUUGCAAUUUGAUGACUUGGGUGGUCAAGUACGUUACCUGACUUUGACAGACCCUGAGAAGAUCUGGAAACCAGAUUUGUUUUUCUCCAACGAAAAAGAGGGUCAUUUUCACAACAUAAUUAUGCCCAACGUCCUCCUUCGGAUACACCCAAACGGAGAUGUAUUAUACAGUAUCCGAAUAUCAUUAGUUUUGUCCUGUCCGAUGGAUCUGAAGUUUUACCCGCUGGAUAAGCAAACCUGCUCCAUUCUUAUGGCGAGUUACGGUUAUACCACUGAAGAUUUAGUUUUUCUUUGGAAAGAAGGGGACCCCGUGCAAGUGACUAAGAACCUCCAUCUUCCCCGAUUUACUUUGGAAAGGUUCUUCACCGACUAUUGUACUAGUCGAACAAAUACAGGAGAGUACAGCUGUCUGAAAGUGGAUCUUCUCUUUAAGAGAGAGUUCAGUUACUAUCUUAUCCAAAUCUACAUACCAUGUUGCAUGUUGGUCAUUGUAUCAUGGGUGUCAUUCUGGCUGGACCAGAAUGCUGUUCCCGCUCGUGUCUCUCUUGGAGUGACCACAUUGCUGACCAUGGCAACUCAAACAUCUGGUAUCAAUGCAUCCCUGCCACCCGUUUCUUACACCAAAGCCAUUGACGUGUGGACAGGAGUCUGUUUGACCUUCGUGUUCGGGGCACUACUCGAGUUUGCACUAGUCAACUAUGCUUCGCGCAGUGACGUGCACAAAAAGAUGGCCAAAGAACAACAAAAGAAACAAUGGGAGCUGGAGCAUGCGGCUCUUGAGGCUGACCAUCUUGAGGAUGGAGCUACAACUUUUGCUAUGAAGCCCUUGGUGCACCAUCACGGUGAUCUGCACGCCGAGAAGAUGCGCCAGUGCGAAGUACACAUGAAGAGCCCGAAGGAGAAUCUGUGCAGGCGGUGGAUGAACAGGUUUCCUUCACGCUCCAAGCGCAUUGAUGUCAUCUCGCGUAUUUUCUUUCCCCUCAUGUUCGCACUCUUCAAUUUGGUCUACUGGACCACCUACCUCUUCAGAGAGGACAAGGAAGAGUAGUCUGCUGCAAGACUCCCAUCAUCCAGAAGUCAAACAAAAGAUAUUUAGAACUUCUGUAGAUCAGAAUGGCCCAAGAAGAAAAAAAAGUUCAUAGAAGCAUCUAACAAUUGACAUAAAUCUUGAACUCACGUGGAAAACCCAAUCUUCUAAUUUUCGUCUACAUAGAAUAAGAAUAAUUAUGAUUUAUCGAGUAAAUAAUGUUAAGAGCAUUGUGCUGAUAAAAACAGUUUUACAUUCAGGACAAUGCUUUGUUUUCGAACAUUCUGCAUGAUUCAGUACAGAUAAAGGUAUGUUGUUUCAUGAAAAUGAAAUUAAUUUUGCACGAAAUGCCUGCAUUCCAGUUAUCCCAAUGUAAAUUUCUGGUUUACAGUUUUGACGCGGAUUUAGUGACGUGGAAACUUAUCGUGGGUUUUUCAUAUGAAGAAUCAAGAAAGGUACUCUCCUGUAGUUAAUAUCGAAAAAACGAACUGAAAAUCAAAGAACUAUAUAGAUACUACAGUUAAAGAGAUGUCCGUUAUACCUACCAAUUGCGUGGACUUGAGUCAGAUUAUAUUGAGCUGGACUGUAAUCUCAAUUACAUGGAUGCUUAUCAAGUCAUGGAGAAAUCUUCAAGUAGAUAUGUAAUUAUCAACAAGAAAUUCAAUAGUUUCUUUUACGAACGGAAUCAUUUGUACGCAAUUUCGAUUACCGAGAUCUAUUUUUAAUUUUCACCCCAGUGAUGCUAAAAAACGCUACAAGUUUUCUCAAAUUCUGACUUCAUUCCAGUUAAUAUUAAACCAUCACAUAACACAAUAGGGUAAAAUGGUAGGGUAUUAUUCAAUAGAAAACAACUUAAUAUCAUAUAUCUAACUGAAUUUUGAUCAUCUGAGACAUAUUCACCGUAAAGGGUUUUUAACUUACUUAAUCUUACUUUCCAUGUUGCUUUUAUUAUCUAAGAAAUUGGACUAUUUCUUUUCAAUUCCAGAAUAUUUUUAGCGCUUUAAUCAAUUAACUUGUGACAAAGUACUCAAAGUUUAAAAUAGC